UAAAUGCAAAGAGCCGCUGCAGGAUAUGCAAGAUGCCAAGUUUACGGAGUCGGUGCAGUUCGUCUACGAGUUUUGGAUAGAGCCAAACGAGGUAACUAACCUCUACUUUUUAAUGCCGAAUGGGGUGUUGAUCGAGAUGCGUGACCAGUCUAUCUACACGACCCUGGAAGAUCUGAAAACGUAUGUGUGGGAGGAAGCAGAACGCUACCCACUCUAUGGUCACUUAGGCGACAAGACCACCUACUACUUCAGCACGCUUCCGUCCGCAACGAGUAGCAGCUUCGAACAACACGAUGAAUCGAAGCGUUUGAUCGAUGUACAGCCAGUAUUCGGGAUGUUCAAGUUUGUUGAAAAGAAAGUCGUGUCAGUCAACAGCCAGCUAAUGAGCAACAUCAAUUCAUUGCUCGGAACGCCGAUUUUAGAGAAAACGCUAAACAAUCCAGAGGUGAAUGAUUUUCGUACCAAGAUGAGCCUCCUUGGUGAGGAGAUCGGUUCCCAGCGAGCAGCCAUGAGCCGAAUGGACCGAAUCUCCUACCAGUAUCCUGUGAAGCUGGCUCGUUUAGUGCCGGAUCAUAUAGCACAGCAUAACUCGUUCUGUGUGGUGGCGAUCAGUGUCGACAUGCAGGUUACAGUUAAGGUGACGUGCCAGGCUACACCCGACGAAGUGCUCAAACGUAUCCUCGAGAAAAAGCAAUUCUUGGCGAAGGCCCGUAAUGACAACAGUGGCGAUUACAUACUAAAAGUGUGCGGCCACGAAGAGUAUAUAUACGGUGCUCAUCCGAUCAAUCGAUUCCAGUACGUGCAGGACUGUUUAUCACGCGACGAACCUCCGACAUUCGUGCCGCGCCUGAUUCGCACUGUCGAGGUAUUCAAAAACGAUAUCUAUGAGGCACGCGAAGAUUUUUCGCAUUGGUCGGGCAACACGAGCUCAAUGGGGUCCGUUACAUCCUUGACGACAGGCGUCACUAGUUGCGGUAUAGUGAACAUUCACAAACAGCAAUCACAACAAUCCCAACCGCCACAACACACAUUACGAAAAGUGAAAUAUCUUACAAGCUGGGAGAUUGAUGCUAAACUGCAGUGCACAGUGCACGAGAUACAUGAUCUCAACUGCGACUCGAACCGUAACGUCGAGGUUGGUGUCCAAUUGGGUUUGUUUCAUGGUGGUAAGUCACUGUGUAAGACAGAACGGACACGGCUGGUACCGCUGCACAAAGGUUCUGCCAGCUGGAAUGAAACGAUUCAGUUCGAUAUUCACGUCAGCAACGUGCCUCGCAUGGCACGCUUAUGCCUUGUAAUUUACGAGAACAUCCGCACAGCUAAAGGGAUGGGUAUGCGGACGCGACGAACCAAGGACGGCCUGAUCAAUCCGAUUGCCUGGGUCAAUACCAUGGUCUAUGACUACAAGAACCAACUGAAAACGGACUCGGCAACGCUCUACAUUUGGACGUACGCCGAGGAUGCGCAAUCGGACGACAUAUUGCACCCGCUAGGGACGGUUGAACCUAAUCCACGACUUGAACCGUCGUUGCUGCUGAGUUUCGGUAACUACGCUCAAGAAAAUAAAACAAUAUUAUAUCCGAGUGAGGAUGAACUUCUGUUGCAAGCGACCCGUAAGUGUACACGUAACGAGCAUCUGAACCGAGAGAGUGCCGAAGAUACACGAUCGAUCAUGCAGAUCUUGUCGAGGUAUAUGUACAACGAUCGACUCAACGACAUCCACGAGCAAGAGCGUAACGCAAUUUGGGCAAAACGGCGCGAAUGCAUGAAGCAAAUGCCACACGGACUACCCUGUCUACUGUACUGCGUCGAAUGGAACAAUCGGGAUGAGGUGGCGGAAAUAGUAUCGCUACUACAGGAAUGGCCCAAAUUGCUUAUUGAGCGUGCUCUUGAGCUGCUAGAUUACGCAUACGCGGAUAAGUAUGUUCGGCGAUAUGCGGUGGACUGCUUGCGCACGAUUGAGGACGACGAGCUUCUACUAUAUCUUUUGCAACUCGUUCAGGCACUUAAACAUGAAUCGUACCUGAACUGCGAUCUUGUAUUUUUUCUGCUACAGCGAGCGUUACACAAUCAGCACAUCGGACACUUCAUCUUCUGGCAUCUGCGUUCGGAGAUUUCUGUCCCCUCAGUGCAAGUGCGCUUCCGGUUGAUACUCGAAGCAUAUCUGAAAGGUAGCCCGGAACACGUGACGGUGCUACUGAAGCAAAUGCAGUGCUUGAAACAACUGCAAGCGUGUUCCGACACGGUAAAGCGAGGCAGCAAGGAAAAAUGCCGCGCGCUUUUGAUGGACAAGCUAUCUGAGCGCAGUGUAAUGGAUGCCUUGAGCGACGUCAUUAGCCCGCUAAAUCCAAGCUUCCGAUGCCGGACCGUCCGUAUCGAUCGAUGCAAGGUGAUGGAUUCGAAAAUGCGCCCUCUCUGGAUCGUUUAUGAAAAUAGUGAUCGAAGCGGCGACGAUAUCAAUAUGAUUUUUAAGAAUGGAGACGAUCUGCGGCAGGACAUGUUGACGUUACAGAUGCUGCGCAUCAUGGAUCGCAUUUGGAAAAGUGAUGGUAUGGAUCUGCGCAUGAACCCGUACAGUUGCAUCAGCACUGACCGACGUCUAGGUCUGAUUGAAGUAGUACUGAAUGCGGAAACAAUCGCCAACAUCCAAAAGGAGCGUGGCAUGUUCUCUGCCACUUCACCGUUCAAAAAAGGCUCUUUACUUGCUUGGUUAAAGGAGCACAAUAACUCCGACGACCUGCUAGCGAAAGCUAUUCAAGAAUUUACGCUUAGUUGUGCCGGAUACUGUGUAGCGACGUACGUACUUGGCGUGGCUGAUCGUCACUCGGACAACAUUAUGGUAAAAAAGACGGGGCAGCUAUUUCACAUUGAUUUCGGUCAUAUACUAGGCCAUUUCAAAGAGAAGUUUGGCUUCCGGCGAGAGCGCGUGCCAUUCGUGUUGACACACGACUUUGUGUACGUUAUCAACAAUGGGCGUACCGAUCGUGAAGCACAGGAGUUCCGGUUUUUUCAGCAAAAAUGUGAAGACGCCUUCUUGAGUUUACGCCGUCACGGCUGCCUUAUACUGUCUCUGUUUGCGAUGAUGAUCUCGACCGGGUUGCCGGAACUAUCAUCAGAGAAGGAUCUCAACUAUCUGCGUGAAACGCUGGUAUUGGACAAAACCGAGGAUGAGGCCCGUAGUCAUUUCCGACAAAAAUUUAGUGAAGCUCUCGCUAAUUCAUGGAAAACGUCACUCAAUUGGGCAUCGCAUAAUUUCUCUAAAAAUAAUCGCCAGUGACAGUUUUCUUCACAGUUUCAUUAGAUAGUAAUUUGCAAUCAUCAAAAUAAGUAAUUUAGUAAAUAGUAUAUACUAGCAGACCCGGCGAACUAUGUUCCGCCCCAAAGGCAAAUGGGCCAAAUGGGCCCCCCGUGAUCGAGAAGUCGAUAAGGCUCUUCGCUGUCUUCGCUUCGCUGGCUUCGGCUGGCCUGGGUUCGAAUCCCGGAGCCGGUUGUCACACAACCAGCCAUGCUUUCGAUUCGCGGCGUAACAGAGGGGUGGUUGGCGCAGGACCAACAACCCCGACCAUAAAAACAAACCCUUACAGAAAGCAUCAGAGAUUAACAUUGUCUCUGGUGCAGGCUAAGACCGCUCAGCGGUUGUCGUCCAAUAAGAAGAGAAGAAAUUCAUUUCAUCAGCAACCCGUUGAUCUUGCAAUUACUGGCAGUGUUUGGCGGAAAUUUCCAGACAAUAAAACCAUUGCACCUCCAAAACAUCUCGCAACAUGCACCAAACAUUUCGAUUAUAUGCGUCAUUCAUUCACGAUUUGGCGCUGGCAUUCCUAAUUGUAAGCUGGUAUCGCCUCAUUCAUCUCAAGGUAGGGAUUUCUGGAAUUGACACGAAUUUAACCCAUCACAAUUUUUCCCAAGCAAAAAACAUCUCAAACAUUCGAACCCAUCCCAAACGAAACACGCUGCGGUACAAUUUCGCUGUUUAUAAGUGCACCAUGCACAGUAGCACUGGCUACCGCCACGUUACAGCAGCACACACGGCGUCGUUGACAGACAAGUGACAUGAUGACAGGAUGGGCCGGAGCCACGACAAGUGACAGGACGAGGCGGAGGAGAGUACGCCGGAACCAGUGCAAAGAACGUUCAUACUGUGGCGCCAGACGAUGCGCAAA